AUGGCUGCUGAACUGAUCCGGAAGUACAUUGACCUUGAAAAGUUAUCUCAGGAUCCCGAGAUAGCGGAUUUCCACUUUAACAAUAACAGCCUCCGUGCUAGUAAUGACGAGAAGGCCACUGCGUCGCUCUGUGCCACUGACAAUGAGAUUUCCGUAGGGGCAACCCCAAAUAUUGCGAUUGCUGGAUCUAGUGAUCUCAGCAGUGUGAAGCAAAAGGCUCAAUUAAAGGACAUCAGCUCAGAAGGAUCUUUUCUCUCCAAGAUGGCCUCCUCUGAUAAAAUUGUCUACUGUCCUUUCAUCCAGAAGUUCAUAAAUUCCACCCUUAAUGCAACAACUCAAACAACUGCACUGAGUCCCAUGAAUAUUUUUACCAUUUCCCUUCAUGGCUUAGUUUCUUCCAUUGGUAUUCUGGAAAACCUGCUCAUCAUCGGAGUAGUGGGCUUUCAUGUCCGCCGCUCUGUCAUCAGCAUCUGGAUCCUUAAUCUUGCAGCCUCUGACUUGCUGGCUACUGCCUCCCUGCCAUUCUUCACCCUCCACAUGGCCAAUGGUAACACCUGGAAGUUGGGCGCAACCUUCUGCCGCAUCAUGUCCUCCAUUUUUUUUCUCAACAUGUUUGUCAGCGGCUUCCUGCUGGCGGUCAUCUCUAUGGAUCGCUGCCUUGUUGUGUUGAAACCUGUCUGGGCUCGACAUUACAGGAACAUCCAAAGAACAGGGAGGGUGUGUGGUGUCAUUUGGGCUUUGGCUGUGCUCUGCACAAUCCCCUUCUACAUAUACCGUGACACCAUUCAGCUACCCAAUGGCAAGAUCAUGUGUUACUACCACUAUGCUCAACUCCUCCCAAGUGGGAUCUUUGACCUGGGAUCUUUAUGUAAGCAACGCGAGAAGAUCUUGGCCUUCAUGAGGCUCUUUCUAGCCUUCCUGAUUCCUCUUAUAAUCAUCAUCCUCAGCUACACUGCUGUGAAUGCCAGUUUGGCGCGUAGAGGCUGCCGACGCCCUUUUCGUUUUGUUCGGCUUGUGGUGUCUGUGGUGGUGAGCUUUGUACUCUGCUGGGCUCCAUUCCACUUGUUCAGUGUUAUGCAGGUGGUGGCCCCAAAAGGACAUCCUGCACAGAAAUUAGCAGCCAAAGCCCUCCCAAUUUCAGCAACUAUCGGCUUCCUCAACAGCAUCCUCAACCCCAUUCUGUAUGUGUUCAGCUGCCCUGACCUUUGCAAAAAGAUAAGACAAUCUUUAGGUGCGGUGAUGGAGAGUGUUCUGGCUGAGGAUCUGACAGAGUUUGCCCGGCGCCGCAACACUGCACGCUCCAUCAACAACUCUGGGAUUGUGUUACAGCAGAGGAAUUCCAUUCAAACCACAUCCAUGAAAACAGAGGAGCAAGAGCAGGAGGAAGUUUUCAUUAACUCCGCUCAGAACUGAACAUACAUAUCGUGAUUCCCAACUAGUGAAUAUAAUUGUAUUUACUUCAACUACAAAAAGA